AUGGAUAACAAUAAUUCUGACACAAACAAAAAAUAAUAACAUCAUCUACUUGAAAAUUCAGAAAAUAUUUUUUCUCAAGGAAAUUUGCUCGAAACAUUGACUGCUUAGGGUGAAUUUCUAGUCAUCGACAGUCUUAUUGAUAUUGAAAAAAAUAGACAAAAAGACAUUAGAGAGAAUUUCAGGAAAUAAAGAAGAAUGAGUCAAGUAAAAUAAAAAUUAGCUGCUGCAAAUCAAAUAUUUGAUCCAUCAGAGCCAUUUAAAAUAAGGUUAAAAAAAGAAAAAGAAAGAAAAGAACAAAGAUAGCUAUUUUAACUUAAAGUUGAAAGACUAAAAGAAGUUCUAAAUAUGAAGGAAAGAAUUUAUUCAGACCCCAUAGAGGCUUAGAGACUAUUUUAGGACGCUUAUGAAUAAAUUUAUGGUUUUUCAAACUCCAAAUUACUCUCAGAGCUACAGAAAAUUGAGGAAUAUUUUCAUGCUAGUCCUGAGACUUUUGAUCCUAUGACAGCACUAGAUAAAUUAGAUGACUAUGUAAAAAGAAAGAAUAGAAUUGAGAAAAUACAAAAUGAGGAGAAAAAAAUAUAGGCAAUGUCCAAGGAAAAAAGCGGAAUAAAAAAGAUAAUUAAGGAUUACAAUAUUAACAUACUAAAAGAGCAAAACUUGAGUAAUCACGAAAGAGUCAUGAUAAGAUGCUAAGAAGAUUAUAAAACUUUUCAAAAAUAUAAACAAGGUAAUUUCUUUGAAAAGUUGCUUAAAGGAGAUAUCAAAGAGGCGUAGAGGAAAAAUCAGAUUAAAAAGAUAGGUGAGGAUCUAUAAAAGGAAAUGGAAAGAUAACGAGUAUAAAAUCUAAUAAGGAAGAGUUCGUAAAAAGCGAAUAGCUUCUGGGACAAUAUUAAACUUCGUUAAAUGCUGAAUCGAGUAGGAUCAGAUGAAGAAAAUUUGUCAAUAAAAGAUACAUCUCCAACUGCGAAUUUUUCUUAAAAAAGACAUUCGUCUUAAGGUAUUUAUGGAAACCCAUUUUCAUCCUUAAGAAGAGAUUCUUUAACAUCAUAGUUACCUCAUGAUCACCCUAUUGAAGAAACUGUAGAAGAGCAGUAAAAGACAUUUGAGACUAGUCAUAGUAAUUAAAAUCUCAUUAAUAAAGAUAUAAUAAUUGAUCUUAAUCCUAAGUCUGCCCAUCAUUUCAAAAUGGAUUAGAAGAUAAAGGAAGUGCACAAUUAUGAUUUAACUAAGCCUCAUGAGAUGAGUAAGAUAUAGUUUAAAAUGGUGAGACCAAAACUUAACUUAAGUACGUUAAUAACUCCAAGAGAGACUGAAUUGGCAGUUUUAAAAAAUCUUUCUAUGAAUUCUUAUAGAGAGGUAAAUUCUAAUAAUUCGCGUAAAAACACUAAGAAAAAAAUGUCAAUUUUUGAGAGAGAAAGAUAAUCAAUGAAGUAAGGAAAAGUUACAUAGAGUCUAGAUUUGAAACAUUCUAUUAAAUAAACAAGAGAGACAUCUGAUGAGAUAAUCAAAGAUGCUGGAGUGCAACUAAAUAAGAAAAUCAACAUGAAUUUGGUGUAAGAAGAAAUGAGAAAUACAAAUUUUGAUAAAACCUUGAAAAUAUUGAGAGAGUUUGAUAACACUGAUGAAGCAAACAACAUCAAAAUGCUUUAUUUUUAUAAAGUUCAGGCGAAUGAUGAUUAUCAGGGAUUAGCAAAGGAAGUAGUAAAGGAAUAUAAAAUGGGAAUGAUAGAUCCAAGCAGAGAAGUAGGCAAAGUAGAAAAAUCUAGAUCAGCAGUCAAAAAGUUAAUCCAGAAUUUAAGGUUAAAAGGAAGUAGAUCCUGA